AUGAGUUUAACUCCUCGACCAAGAGAAGGAUCUUUACUUUUCUCCCCUCUCUGAAUGAACAAGUUUUUGGUUGCGGAAUGGAGUGUUUUUUGGAUUUUAUAAAUAAAUUUUAUUUUUGAAAUAAAAAAUAAGUAAAUGUGAUUUAAUUUAUGAGAAUGCAAGCUCUCUAUUCAAUAGAAUUAUUCUAGAUAAUAAAAAUAAUAAUUAUUUAUGUAUCAAAAUAUUUUGCAUUAAACAUUUUUCACACUCAAAAAAAGUUUUUACCAAUAAUUUUUGUGAGGGGAUUAGAGACCUACGGAGCACAUCCAGUUCAAACCCCAACCCCAAGAUCUAAUUCAUCCAGCAAAGAAUUCCGUGAUUUAAAAAUUCAAUAUGACAUUCUUGAAAAAGAAUUCAACAAAAAUGUUUCAAGACUUGACAAUUUAAAAACAGAGCUCGCCAAAUCCCAGAAAAACAUGCUAAAACAAGAAAACGAACUAUCAAUUGUUAAAGGCACAGUCCAGCUGCUAAACUCAGAAAAGCAAAAGCUAAACAAAGAAUUAAAUGAAAGCAAAGAAUAUAUCAGAAAAUUAGAGCAAAAGUUUAUAUCAGGAACCAAAGGACAGUUUCUUUCAGAUAUAAACCUUCAGCUGAGAACUCAACUUGAAGAAGUUCUAUCAAAAAAUAAUGAAAAAGAUACAGUUAUAUUGAAGCUACGCCAAGCAAAUAAAGACUUGGAAAACCAAUUAUCAGUUCUUCAAAGAGCUUUAAGUUACACAAGUGCAAAAGAAGAAGACAGCUCUACAAAUUUGGCGUCUUUUAUCCAAAAAAGUGAAGAAGAAAUGAAGCAGAUUCUUAUUGAAAAAGAAAACGAGUUGGAAAGAGCGCUUAUACACAUUGAGGAGCUAAAAUUGGUAAGAGAGGCUAAUAAUGUAGAGCUGGUUAGAGUGGAAACAGAAAAUUUUAAGCAGGAACAAGAAAUAAAAGCCUUAACAGAGCAGAAUAAAACUUUGGCUAAAGACAGAUCAUCUUUGCUUCAAUGUAUUGAAGAUAUGAGUGCACAAUUAAAAGAAUAUGAGCUUGACUUGGAAUACUUUAAUAAAGAGCUAAGUAUUCAGAAAGAGACACAAAAGGCUAGUGAAGAUGAACUUGAAAUUAUAAAGCACGAAAGAAGGGAGUUUUUAAACGAAAUCGAUAGAUAUAAAGUUCAAAACCAAAGCUUAAUAAGCGAGCUUGAAAAAGUUUCUGGCUUGCCAAACGUAAUUCUUAUUUAGAAAGCCCAAUCAAAAGAUACAGAAAUAGAACUAUUAGCCUUAAAAGACCAGCUGAAAGAAUACAAAAAUAAGUGAAUUGAAGAAGAGAAAUUAAGAAAAGAAAAAGAAAAUGAAUUAAAUAUUUUGAUACAGAAAUACAGACAAACUGAGAGUGCGUUAGAAGAAUUAAAAGAAAAGAAAAAGGAAAACGAAAAUAAUUUAAGGUUGCAAUUGGAUAAUACAGUUAAAGAGUUUGAAGAGUUAUUGGAGGAAAAAGAAGGAUUGAAAGAAGCCAUGAAUAAAGUUAUUGAUAAAUCAGAGGAGUUAAAUAAAUAUAGAAGUGAGUCUGUUGAAACCAUGCCAAGGAGUAAAUCUGUGCUAUCACAAGUAAGAGAAAGAAAAUCUGCAAUCAAGGAAUCUAGUGAUGGGGGAAAUAUAUGAGAAUUGAUUGCCCAAGAAAAAAAGAAAAAUGAAGAGCUAAUAAAGCAGCUCGCAGACAAAUAA